GAUCCACAGAAACGCCAAACUGACUCCUAAUUAUCCCUAUAUUAUAUUUGCAUUAGCACUACGUUGUUCCGCUAGGGAUCCAGACUGCCUGAACUUUUUUCCUGUUAGGAAAGUUAAUAAUCCUUUAAAAUGUUCCUUCUUGUUCUUAUAGAUGUGGACGAGUGUUUUCCUGAUCAGAUAUCUGCUGAAUAUAAACACCUUGCUCACAAUUGUCACGUGGAUGCCAACUGUUCCAACACAAAUGGAUCAUUCUACUGCAUGUGUCAUACGGGAUACUCUGGAGAUGGAGUCACGUGCACAGAUAUCAACGAAUGUGACCCAUCUGGAUUGUCAUCUGAGUAUCAACACUUCGCUCACAUUUGUCAUGACGAUGCUAACUGUACAAACACAAAAGGAUCUUACCAUUGCGCAUGCCUGGACGGAUAUUCAGGAAAUGGAAUCUCCUGCCAAGAUAUUGAUGAGUGCUCCGUUGGAACACACAACUGUCAUGUUGAUGCAAACUGCACCAAUACAAAGGGAUCAUUCUACUGCACGUGUUAUACGGGAUACUCUGGAGAUGGAGUCACCUGUGAAGAUAUCAAUGAGUGUCAUGUGAACAGUUUAUCUCAAGAACAUGUGGAUAAAUAUUCCCACAACUGCCACGUAGAUGCUAACUGCACCAACACCAAAGGAUCAUUCUACUGUACAUGUCAUACGGGAUACUCUGGAGACGGAGUCACUUGCAUAGACAUUGACGAAUGUUUUCCUGAUCAAAUAUCUAAUGAAUAUCAUCAUCUUGCUCACAACUGUCACGCUGAUGCCAACUGUACCAACACUAAAGGAUCAUUUUAUUGCACGUGCCUUAAUGGUUAUUCUGGGGAUGGUGUAACAUGUGUGGAUAUCGAGGAAUGCACAACUGAUACUGACAAUUGUCAUGAUGAUGCAAACUGUACUAACACCAAAGGAUCAUUUUAUUGUACUUGUCACCAUGGUUACUCUGGAGACGGGGUCACAUGUAAUGAUGUGAACGAGUGUUUUCCUGGUCAAAUAUCGGAUGAAUAUCUUCAUUUUACUCACAACUGCCAUGCUGAUGCCAACUGUACCAACACUAAAGGAUCAUUCUACUGCACGUGUCAUUUGGGAUAUUCUGGGGAUGGAGUUACAUGCAUUGACAUUGACGAGUGUUUUCGUGAUCUUAUAUCUGCUGAAUAUGCCCACCUUGCCCAUAACUGUCAUGGUGACGCCAACUGCACCAACACUAAUGGAUCAUUCUACUGCACGUGUUAUACUGGAUACUCUGGAGAUGGAGUUGUGUGUGUUGAUAUCAACGAAUGCGACCCAUCUGGAUUAUCAGCUGACCAUCAACAUCUGGCUCAUAUGUGCCACGGUGAUGCCAACUGCACAAACACUAAAGGAUCGUACAACUGCGGCUGUCAGGAUGGUUACUAUGGAAACGGGAGAAAGUGCGAAGAUAUCGACGAGUGUGCAUCUGGCACACACAACUGCCAUGCUGACGCCAACUGCACCAACACCAAAGGAUCAUUCUACUGCACGUGUCAUACGGGAUACUCUGGAGAUGGAGUCACUUGCGUUGAUAUCAGUGAAUGUCAAGUGGAAACUCUGGCGAUUGAACACAGCCAUUAUUCACACAACUGCCAUAAUGAUGCUAACUGUACGAACACGAAAGGGUCUUUCUACUGUACAUGUCACCAUGGGUACUCAGGAGAUGGGGUUAUUUGCGUCGAUGUAAAUGAAUGUUACCCGGCACAAAUAUCCUCACGAUAUGCACAUCUAGCACACAAUUGCCAUGACGACGCCAACUGCACCAACACCAAGGGUUCUUUCUAUUGCACGUGUCAUACGGGAUACUCUGGAGAUGGAGUCACUUGUAUUGACAUUGAAGAAUGCCACACCCAAACUGACAACUGUCAUGUCGACGCCAACUGUACCAACACCAAAGGCUCGUUUUACUGCACUUGUCACACGGGAUACUCUGGAGAUGGAGUGCUUUGUUCAGAUAUUAACGAGUGUGUUGUUGGGACCCAUAACUGCCAUGCUGAUUCCAACUGCUCUAACACGAAGGGUUCUUUCUACUGCACUUGUUUGACUGGUUACUCAGGAGAUGGGGUUGGCUGUGUAGAUAUAGACGAAUGCUCGCCAGGAAGCAUAUCUGAUCGUUAUUCACAUCUUGCUCAUAACUGUCAUCCUGAUGCCAACUGCUCCAACACCAAAGGCUCGUUUUAUUGCACGUGUCAUACGGGAUACUCUGGAGAUGGCGUUAUCUGUGAAGAUAUAAACGAGUGUUUUCCUUCUGGUUUGUCAUCUGAAUAUCAGCACCUGGCUCACAUCUGCCACGACGAUGCAAAUUGCACCAACACCAAAGGGUCGUACUAUUGCGGCUGUUUAGUUGGGUAUUCAGGGGAUGGAGUUACCUGUGAAGAUAUCGAUGAAUGCUCUCCUGCUAGCAUAUCUGAUGACUACAAACAUCUUGCUCACAAUUGCCACGCUGAUGCAAACUGCACGAAUACCAAAGGUUCAUUUUAUUGCACGUGCAAGACUGGAUUCUCUGGAGAUGGAGUCACUUGCGUCGAUAUCAACGAAUGCCGAUCGGACGACCUUGCGUCAAUCCACAGUCACUACGCGCACAACUGCCAUACUGAUGCUAACUGUACCAACACAAACGGCUCAUUCUACUGUACAUGCCAUACGGGAUAUUCUGGCGAUGGAGUGAUUUGUCAAGAUGUAAACGAAUGUUACCCAAGUGAAAUAUCCGAGGAAUACAAACAUCUUGCUCACUAUUGCCACGAUGAUGCUAACUGUACCAACACUAAGGGAUCAUUUUACUGCACAUGUCUGAACGGGUAUUCUGGAAACGGGGUCACGUGCCUUGAUAUUGAGGAGUGCCAGACAAACACGGAUAACUGCCACGUUGAUGCCAACUGCACCAACACCAAAGGAUCAUUCUUCUGCACCUGUCAUACGGGAUACUCUGGAGAUGGUGUCAUGUGUGUAGAUAUCAAUGAAUGUGCACCGGAUACCUUAUCUGUCAAUCAUACAUAUUACGCGAAUGAUUGUCAUGACGACUCCAACUGCACAAACACAAAGGGUUCAUUCUACUGCACUUGUCUCAAUGGGUAUUCUGGAAAUGGAGUUAACUGCGUUGACGUGAACGAAUGCGAACCUGAUGGAAUCAGUGAUGCCUAUAAAUAUUUGGCCCAUAAUUGCCAUGAUGAUUCUACCUGCACCAACUCAAAAGGCUCAUUUUAUUGCACAUGUCUCGUGGGAUAUAGCGGAGAUGGAGUCUUGUGUACCGAUAUUGAUGAAUGUGGCACAAAUACAGACAACUGUCACGUGGAUGCCAACUGCACGAACACAAAGGGAUCAUUCUACUGCACGUGUCAUACGGGGUACUCUGGAGAUGGAGUGAUUUGUGAAGACAUCGACGAGUGCUUGCCCCAGGAACUCUCAGCCAACCAUUCACAUUACGCGCAUAACUGCCAUUACGAUGCUAACUGUACAAACACAAAGGGAUCGUUUUACUGCACGUGUCACUUGGGAUAUUCUGGAGACGGAGUUGUGUGUUUAGAUAUUGACGAGUGUGAAACUAAUACGGAUAACUGUGAUGUUAAUGCCCAUUGUAACAACACUAAAGGAUCUUUUCAGUGCACCUGCAACACUGGUUACUCUGGAGAUGGUGUUCGAUGUGAAGAUAUCGAUGAAUGCUCAGAUGAUUCACAUAAUUGUCAUGUCGAUGGUAUCUGCACCAAUACAAAUGGCUCGUUUUAUUGCGCGUGCCAAGUGGGUUAUACCGGCGAUGGAGUCAACUGCACAGACGUGGACGAGUGCAGCCUGGGCACCCAUAGCUGCGAUGAACAUGCUACUUGUACCAACACAAAAGGAUCGUUCACUUGUCGUUGUAAUCCUGGUUAUCAUGGCACAGGAUAUAACUGUACUGAUACUGAUGAAUGUGAAGUUGAGAUGGAUAACUGUCAUGCAGAUUCCUUCUGUACCAAUACCGAUGGAUCGUUUAAUUGCACCUGUUUGGUUGGCUACUCUGGUGAUGGUGUCAGUUGCACAGAUAUCAACGAAUGUGAAACAGGAACACAUAACUGCAGCUGGGGCGCGGAUUGCUUCAACAAUAAAGGAUCCUUCUAUUGCACUUGUUCUCCAGGAUUUUCUGGAGACGGUUUCCGUUGCUCAGAUAACAACGAAUGCUCGAUGGGAACUCACAAUUGCCAUGAUGUCGCUGAAUGUACGAACACCAAUGGUUCGUUUUAUUGCAACUGCACUCCCGGCUUCGCUGGAAAUGGAACAUAUUGUCAAGAUUGGGACGAGUGCUUAACUGGGACAGAUGACUGUAAUGGAACUUCAACGUGUAACAACACAUAUGGCAGCUUCCAAUGCGUGUGUCAACCAGGAUACCGCUACAAUGGAUCCGACUGCUUUGGUAUGCAACAGAACAUGCUUGACAGCUAGUCAAACGUACGCAUCGGAUUGUUUCGUGCAUAAAUCUUCCUUACCGAGAUUAAAAAUAUCCUAAUUGAAAACAUUUUAUAAAUCUAAGUCUGGCGGUUUUCAAUUUUCACUUACUUGAGUAGUUUUAAUUUUAAU